GCUCCGAGGAAUUCAGAAACCACUACCUAUGCUUACCGUUCCGGACGGCUCUCAAGUGCAGUCGUAUCUGCUCUGCGAGACGAGGUACUGCAGACUCCGAUAACCCCAGUAACGCCAAAGACAACAGAAGCUCUUGCAUCGCUGUAGAACCUGAUUGAGAAAGACACUCAUAAACUUGAUGGGAUGAGCAAGCAACGCCUGCAGAAACGCGUACGGAAGAUCGUGACUGCAGCUAAAAUAUCCUUUGCCGAGGGUAACUCCUACAGGAUCAAAACCGCUUCCUAUUCCAGGUAAAUAACGCCAAAGCUCGUCGAUCGACAAGAUCGGUAGUCCUAGGGAAGGCAAAGGUGAUGCGCUAUCAAGAGCUAGAGGAGGCGCGAGCAAAGCGUGAGACUAAGGAUCAAGCUGCUGCAGCUAAGGGAAAACGAGAUCGGAAGCACAUCGAAACAGAAGAGGAUGCGGGUUCAUCAGUGCCGAAGAGCAAUGCCGUCGUACCGAAAGGAACCCAGCUAGCAAACACUAGGGAAGUGUCAUGGAGGGCUCCGGUAGCGAAGAUGUAUUAGAAGUUAGAGCUGCUUUAUAGAAUUAG